CUAAGGAUAGGCUUCUGGAGCGAGGAGAGGGUUACAGCCGACUUUCUCUGCUCACAUAACAUUCCGGCCGACAUAGCCAGGCCUCCGGGCGUUCCGUGGUUCAUCAUCCCGGCCAACAGGAGGCGGCGGCGCAGGGAGAGGAUGCAAAAGCGGGGCUGCAGAGCCGGCGCUAGCGAGGCUACGUAGGAAGCCGAAUGAACCACCGCUUCCCAGGAUUUUUCUCGCUGAUGCGAGGUCCAACGCAAACAAGAUGGAUGAGCUGGAACUGCAGAUUGUAACGACCAAAAUCAUCAGGGACAGCUGCAUUCCGUUAAUUACAGAAACCUGGCUUCAUUCACUCAUCCCGGACGAGGCUAUUGGGCUAGCGGGUUACACAGCAUAUCGGCAGAAUACCGGAAAAGAACUCUCAGCAUUACAGAGACUGUUACGACAUGGCCUGAAGGUGCCCCUCUCCAGCUGCGGGAUUGCUUCGAGAGAACCAGAUGGGAUAUCUUUGAACAUCAGGACCUGGAGGAAUACACAGUAGCAGUCUUAGGCUAUAUCAAGUUCUGUAUGGACACUGUCACUGUGGAUAACUACUGUAUAUACGGGUCUAUCCCAACCAGAAGCCCUGGAUGACAAGGAACGUCCAGAACCUGCUGAAGGAGAGAAACUCAGCGUUCAGGUCUGGGGAUGGGGCACAAUACAGUGCUGACAGAGCCAACCUGAAAUGGGGCAUUAAAGAGGUUAAGGCAGCAUACAGCAAGAGGAUAGAGGACCAACUAAGCAGUAACAACACCAGGCCGGUAUGGCGGGGGCUUCAGCAUGUCACUGGCUACAAGUCCAGCAACCUAUCUGCUGCAGAGGGUGAAGCUUCACUGGCAGAGGAGUUAAACUUCUUCUUUGCCCGCUUCGACGUGUACUCCAAGGAAGAUCCAUUAUAUCCACUCACCGGCAACGGCAACACACUAACGCUGGAGGACUGUGAUGUGAGGCGUACAGUGAGAGCAGUGAAUAUGAGGAAAGCCCCAGGACCUGACGGGGUCACUGGACGAGUGUUGAAAGACUGUGCAGACCAGUUGGCAGCGGUUUUUACAAAUAUCUUCAAUCACGCCUUGUCCCAGUCCACCGUACCACCCUGCCUGAAGUCCUCUGUCAUAGUCCCACUGCCCAAAAAACCCAGAAUAACAAGUUUAAAUGACUACCGCCCAGUGGCACUCACACCGAUUGUUAUGAAGUGUUCUGAGAAGCUUGUGCGGAGUCAUAUAAUUGCAGGCCCGCCACCAGUUAUGGAUAAGUACCGAUUUACAUAAAGGGCAAAAAGAUCCAAAGAGGAUGCGGUUGCUACAGCUGUCCAUGCUACCCGGACCCGCCUGGAGCAGCGCGGGAGCUACGUGAGGCUUCUCUUUGUGGAUGUUAGCUCAGCUUUUAACACCAUAUUGCCCAAAGAAGUGGUGUUCAAACUGACAGUCCUGGGCCUUUCACCAUCCAUGUGCUAUUGGAUUCUGGACAUCCUGUCGGGUCGCUCCCAGAGGGUCAGAGUAGGCCCAGACACCUCCACAGCUCUCAGCCUAAGCACUGGCUCCCCACAGGGCUGUGUGUUGAGCCCCCUGAUAUAUACACUUUACACCUAUGACUGCACCCCCGCCCACCCCAGCAAUACUAUAGUAAAGUUUGCGGAUGACGCCACGGUGGUUGGACUUAUCUCCGGGGGGGGAGGAGUCGGCUUACAGGGAUGAGGUGGAGCAGCUGUCCAGGUGGUGCAGGGAUAACAGCCUGGUCCUUAACACCGCAAAGACCAAGAAGCUG